CAGAGUGUAUUGCAAUACAAAAAGUUAUUAUGGUGUGCACUCAGCCUAAUUUUGUAAUUUAUUUUUAUUGACCUGACUUUCAUCCCCGAUGAUAAUUCCAUAACAAAUUCGCAGUGUUAAAUGAAUAAAUUGAAAUGUCUACCGUAUAUUUAUUUCCAGUGUCAGUGUUUUUAUUAUUUCAAAUAACUUUUAUCGGAACUUAUAUAGCAGCAGUAUUGGAGAAACAUGUUGUUCCAACGGUACCAUAUAUAAGCGACGCAGCUGCUUAUUCUCCGGAAAGUUGUGUUUUUGGGCAAUUGAUAAACAUUGGUGCUGUGCUUUUGGGUAUCACAAUUUACAUACGUUAUCGGCAAGUAUUACAAAUAUACGAGUAUCACUCUAAUUUGGGAAAUGGAGUUAUUCGAAAUAAUCGUAUAGCUGUUUGGUUUGGUUUAGCUUCAUGUUUCGGCAUUAGUAUCGUGGCAAACUUUCAAGAAACUAAUGUAAGAAUUGUGCAUUUCAUAGGAGCGUUUUUCUGUUUUGGAUGUGGAACGAUGUAUUUUUGGAUGCAAGCAUUGUUAUCAUACAUCCUAUUUCCUAACGUCGGAACUAAGUUAUAUGCUCAUUUAAGAUUAGCUAUGGCAUGCACUUGCACUAUAUUAUUUAUUUUAUUAGCUGUUACUGGAGUUAUGUCCCAUAUAUUAUUUAAAGGCCAAAAUCCAAGACAAUGGUACCCGUCAGACGGUGGUUGGUAUUUCCACGUUGUUAGCUCAAUCUCUGAAUGGAUAAUUGCAACAAUAUUUUCAUUUUUUAUAUUGUCAUUCACAGAUGAAUUUCGUGAUAUUAGUUUUAAUCAUCCACAAAUUUCAUUGAUCUCAUAUACAAUUACCUUAUAACAUAUAUGUGAAAAAAAAAUA